GAGAGUUGAGUGGCAACAAUUUGAUGAAGAUGUAAGCCAGGUCCUGGAAGGGACAGCCAAGGGUGACGUGGACCACCGAUUGAGAACGAUGACCACCCUCAUAUUGAAUAUCACAGCUGAGCGAUUUGGAACCGAGGCACCCAAGCCUGCUCCAUCUGCAUAUGCUCCAAGCCACAGAGUAAGGAAAAUGCAGUGCCUCAGGGAAGAACCCAGGCUGCUAAAGAGGCAAUACAAAUCAGUGGGGGAAGUCGAGAGAGUCAGCCUAGCGGACCUGAGAGCAAUCCUAAGGAAACAACUCUUGACCUUACGGAGGGCAGAGUUCCACAGAAGGAGGUGGAAGGAGAGAGCCAGGAAGAGGGCAGCAUUCUUGGCCAACCCAUUUAAGUUGACCAAGCAGCUCCUUGGCCAAAAGAGGGUUGGCCGCCUCACCUGCUCCAAGGAUGCCAUAAACGACCACCUCAAGGCCACCUAUAGUGACUCCAUCAGAGAACAAAUGCUGGGUCCAUGCGAUGCGUUAAUACCACCAGAGCCUUCAUCAGACUUCGACCUGAAGGAGCCCCGCCUAAGUGAAGUGGAGGAAGUGGUGAGGAGAGCAAGAUCGAGUUCAGCACCAGGCCCAAGUGUAGUGCCCUACAAGGUGUAUAAGAACUGCCCAAAGCUACUACAUCGGCUUUGGAGGGCCCUGUAGGUGAUCUGGAGGAGAGGGAAGAUCGCCCAGCCGUGGAGGUAUGCUGAGGGAGUGUGCAUACCAAAAGAGGAGAAGUCUGAGAACAUCGACCAGUUCCGGGUUAUCUCCUUGCUCAGUGUGGAGAGUAAAAUCUUCAGCAUCCUGGCCAAGAGGCUCUCCAACUUCCUGUUGAGCAAUUAGUACAUCAACACGUCUGUGCAAAAGGGAGGAAUACCUCGAGUUCUUGGUUGUUUUGAACACACAGGCGUGGUAACCCAGCUCACCAGGGAAGCAAGAGAAGGCAGAGGGGGACCUGGCUGUACUGUGACUGGACCUCACCAUGCCUAUGGCUCAAUACCCCACAAGCUGGUGGAGGUCGCACUGGAGAAAGACCAUGUACCGCAGAGGGUGAAAGAUCUCAUCCUGAACUAUUACAGCAAGUUCAGCUUGAGAGUCUCCACUGGCCAGCUAACAUCUGACUGGCACCAGCUGGAGAGCCUUGGGAAAGUCUUCAACUGCAGUCUGAACAAUAGAGACUCCGUCAAGGCAACCGGUGCUGACCUGGAGGGAUGGUUGAGAACAGUGGAUAAGUCUGGGCUCCCUGGAAGAUUCAAGGCCUGGGUCUACCAGCACGGAAUCCUCCCAAGAAUCAUCUGGCCUCUGCUUAUCUAUGAGGUCCCCAUGACAGUGGUGGAAGGUUUUGAGCAAAAGGUGACCAGCUAUCUACGCAGAUGACUGGGCCUGCCGAGUAGCCUAAGUAACAUUGGGCUAUAUGGAAACACCAACAAUCUCAUGCUCUCUUUUAGCUCAGUCAGGGAGGAGUUCAUCGUUGCACGGGCACACCUGUAGUACUCUAGAUCCUGAGAUGACAAAGUGUCCGGUGCAGGGAUUGUUGUUAGGACAGGGAGGAAGUGGAGGGCAGCCGAGGCAGUCCAGCAGGCAGAGAUGCGGCACAAGCACAAGGACAUCCUUGGAACAGUGGCGCAAGGCAGAGCCGUACUUGGGAGCCUAACAGCGACCCAAUAUGACUCUGCCAGCGGAAAGGAGAGGCAGAGGCUGGUACAGGAGGAGGUACGAGCUUCAGUCGAGGUAGAGCUAACCAGCAGAGCAGUGGCCAUGCGGCAGCAAGGCGCCUGGAUGAAGUGGGAGCAGGUGUAGGAGUGGAGUGUCACCAAAGGAAAUCUGGAAGGGGAACCCCCAGAGAAUCAAGUUCUUGAUUCAGGGGGUCUAUGAUGUCCUCAGAAGUCCAUCCAACCUGUGCACAUGGGCAAAAUAGAAACACCUGCAUGCCCUCUUUGUUCCAAAAUAGGGACAUUAGAACACAUCCUGAGCAGCUGCUCCAAGGCGCUGGGUGAGGGCUGGUAUCGAUUGAGGCACUACCAGGUCCUCAAAUCCAUUGCUGAGGCAAUUAGCAAGGGGAUCAAUGACAGCCGAUACACCCAAGCUACAUCCAAGGCCAUUCACUUCAUCAAGGAAGGACAAAAGCCAGAGAAAACAUCGAAAAACUGCUUUGUAGGUCUGCUCUCCGCGGUCCGAGACUGGGUGAUGACAGUCGAUCUGGAUAGGCAGCUGAAAAUCCCAACACACAUCACCCAGUCCAAAUUGAGACCUGACAUCAUCUUGGUCUCUGAGGCUACAAAACAUCUGAUAUUGUUAGAGCUGACAGUACCCUGGGAGGAGAGGAUGGAGGAAGCUCAAGCGAGAAAGAGGGAGAAAUACCAAGAACUGGUGGAGGAUUGUCGGAGGAACAGGUGUAUGCCAGUAGAGGUGGGUAGUAGGGGAUUUGCCAGUUACUUCUUGAGCAAGGCCUAAAGGCUGGGCAUAACAGGUGCUAACCGAAGAAGAGCCAUAGGCAACAAUGUGGAGGCAGCAGAAAAUGCAGCCAUCCAGAUGGCUCUGGUUAAAGAGGGGAGAGCAGUGGGGGCAGUAGAAUGCCACUUGGACACAGGCCGGGGUCUGAUCAGCCUCGGUUGA